AUGGACCGUGAUUUCUACUCGUUCGUGGCCGCACGCGAUGUGCCUACCGAAUUGAGUGUACGAAUACUAGGUCCACCUCUGUGCCUGCGGUGUGAGCUGUACGCCAACAAUAAACCACUCGCGUUGCCCGUAUACACAUCCCUCUCUUCUCCGGGAUCGCGGCAUAGCUGGAACGAAUGGCUUCAUUUCCCUUACCCCAUCGCAGACGUACCUCUGGAUGCACAACUCGUAUUUACACUUCUUGACAUUGCUGGCCCUUUCCAGGAAGUCGUUUUGGGUGGGACGACGAUGCCUCUUUUUGGCAAGCGAGGCACACUCCGCCGUGGACAGCAACGUCUAGGGCUCUGGCGCGGUCAAGCAGGUGAUCCACAUAGCCCCACGUCAACGCCACAUCGUCAUGAUACCACAUCCGAGGCUGCGCGUCUAGAUAAGUGCGUCAAACGUCAUCAACGCGGCACGAUCCCCGCCGAUCCCUGGCUCGAUGCACUUACAUUUCACCGCAUCGACGAGAUUCGCGAGGCGCAUGUUGCAGCAUCACAGGACCUUGUGCUCACCAUUGAAAUGCCCGCAUGGGACCAGCCUGUGGUGUUCGGCGACGUAGAGCCUGUCCUCAGCCCUUGGCGUCCGGCUAGCCAUGGUGCUGUGCGCAUGCCAGCAAACGACACGCCUACCUCUUCACAAGGCCAAGGCUCUUUAUUGGCCCAAACACCGUGGAUUACACCUUCUCUUUUCAUGGUGACGGAUCCGGAAGCUGAGAGUGAGAACAUUGUCGAGGCCAAGCACCGCCGCCUCGUGCGAAGUCAACGUCUGCCUGAUUCAGAUCGAGAGCGUAAGCCUACGGCGGCAGUGCGCGAUCAGCUUCAGUCACUACUCGCUUCCCCUCCUACACGUGUACUGACCUCCGAAGAAAUGGACCUGAUUUGGUCGUUCCGGUACUAUUUGACGCGCUUCUCUGCGGGUCUGACCAAGUUUGUAAAGUCUGUCGUGUGGUCCGACGCGCAAGAAGCCCAGCAGGCCACCGAGGACCUGUUGCCAAUGUGGGCGGAGCCGCAGCUGUCCGAUGCGCUGGAACUUUUAGGCCCUACCUUCCGCCACUUGGCUGUACGGACAUACGCUGUACGACAGCUGCAUAAAGCCAGCGAUGCGGAGCUUAUGCUAUACUUGCUCCAGCUUGUGCAAGCACUCAAGUUUGAUGAAACAGCAUGGCGUACUGCAGACGCCACGCAAAAAGACAUGUACACCAAAGCCUCUAGCUUGGAAGCGCCGCUACGUUUGAUCGAUUGGCUAUGUCUUCGAGGAGCCCGCCAUGUCGAAUUGGGGACUAGACUCUACUGGUACAUCACAGCGGAGCAGUCCGAUGCGCGACAUGGUGAAUUAUACCAACGUAUUGCUGAUACGCUGUGGGGCGUCUUUUCUUCGGAGAACCUGGAGCUUGUAAGUAUGUUGGAACGACAACGCCACUUUGUCGAUGUGCUUUCUACACGCAGCGCAGAGAUCCGUCGCUCGCGAGAUGCACGGCCGAAGAAAAUUGAACGGUUGCAUGCAUGGCUUAUGGACAAAAAGACAGGGCUUCGUGUCCUGCAGCCUCCGUUGGCGCUGCCCUUGGAUCCCCUAGUCCACAUCACCGGGAUUGUGCCCGAAAACAGUACGGUGUUUAAGAGCAAUUUAUUCCCACUCCGACUGGAAUGCCGUACGACCAACGAAGACGCGUCACCGUAUACCAUGAUUGUGAAAAAUGGUGACGAUCUGCGCCAAGACCAGCUGGUGAUCCAGUUAUUCGCCCUCAUGGACCAGCUGCUUCGUGCAGAGAAUUUGGAUCUGAGGAUUACGCCGUACCAUGUGCUCGCCACAGGACCCCAGGAUGGAAUGGUUCAGUAUGUGCCCAGCAUGAGCGUUGCGGCCGUCGUUGCACAGCAUGGUGAUCUACUUAGCUACUUGCGUGCGCAUCACCCUGACCCUGCGAAUGCGGCCACGUUCCAUGUGCAAGCGUCGGUGCUAGAUACCUUUGUGCGCAGUUGUGCCGGCUACUGUGUUAUCACCUACCUGCUUGGCGUGGGCGAUCGUCAUCUGGACAAUUUGCUGCUCGCCCCCGAUGGACGGUUCUUCCAUGUGGACUUCGGCUACAUUCUUGGCCGCGAUCCCAAACCCUUCCCACCUCCAGUCAAGAUCUGUAAGGAGAUGGUCGAUGCGAUGGGUGGCCCUUCUUCUAUGUACUAUAUGCGCUUCAAAAAACUAUGCCAUACGGCAUUCGCGUGCCUACGAAAAAAUGCGAACCUGAUUCUCAACCUGGUCUCGCUCAUGGUCGAAGCAGAUAUACCCGACAUUCGCGCCGAGCCGGAUAAGGCUGUGGUGAAAAUCCAGGAAAAGUUUAUGCUGGACGUGAAUGAGGAGCAAGCUGCUACACGCUUCGAGGGCUUACUCAAUGAUACGUCCUACAUUUCUUCCAUGUUUGAUCGAUUGCAUAACAUGGCACAGUACUUCCGUCCAUAA